AUGGCAGGUGCUGAGAAUGGCUGCAGUCGGUCGCUGUACUCACAGAUUUGCUCCGCAUGUACGUCGUCAGACAGUUGUGAUGCUACUUCCUCGGCGUUCCCAGAUUUGGAGCUGCCUACAAACUCGUCGUCAUUCUCGCUGUCUUCUACAUCGGGCGGAAGCUUCGCGAGUAGCUUGACGGAUGCUGGCUCUACAGGUGGUAGCACUAAUUCUGUAAUAACAACUACGAACGAUGCCUCAUCGCCCUCACGUGACAGCGACAAGACCAAUCGUGGUGCUAUGACAGUGACAGCAACGUCGGGUAUUGUGGCGAUUGUGGCUCUUGUCGCCAGUAGCUUGUCGUAA